AGUCAUCAUCUCACUCCUCUGACCCAAAAAUUCAAAACUCUCACUCCUCGCUCCCUCCCUCUCUCUCUCUCUCUCUCUCUCUCUCUCUCUAAAGACUCUAGUCUCCGGCGAUGGACACCAAACCAGAAGAAUCCGUACGGUCGAAAAUGGAGUCUCUAAAGCUGGCCUGCGACAGAGAGAUUCCGGCUCACCUGCAGAAGGCGGACUCUGCCGCGGCGGCGCUUCGCGAGUCCCUGGCUUCGAUCCGCGCCAGAGUACAAGAAACCGUCCACUGCCAAGGGAAACUCGGACAGGUUAAAGCUAAACUGAGGGAAGCCGAGGAGGAAUUGUUUAAAGCCCUAGCAGCAAAGACUCGUAAAGAGACCAAGCGGAUGGCAAUGACAGAUGCGAUUGCUGCCAGGAAAGCUAGAAUAGACGAACUUAGGAGAGUGGUGCAAGAUCAAAGGGCUAAGAGGGAUGAGUAUGGUGCAAUUCUUUCUCAGCAAUUUUCUGAAUCUGAAGAUAGGUCUAUCAAAGACAGUAAAGAAGAAAUAGAAGAGGUUAUAUCAUGGUAUAAUAAGGUCCUUGGUUUCUAUAUUGAAGGCGGACAUGGGGUGAGAUUCACAUUUAAGAACAUCAACUUGAAAAAUCCAGAUGAGGAAUUCUGCUUCACUGUUAGGCAUGCAAAUGAUGUGUACACCUUGAUAGAUUGUGAUCCACACUUGAAUGAGAUCAAAGAGUUGUUAGAUGAAUUGAACAGAACCAAUGGAUUAUUUAAAUUUGUCAGAGAUAUGAGACAAAGGUUUCAAGAAGCUGCCUCUCGAGGGUUACCAAUGGUUAUGCAUCAAGAGUAUUCCACAAUUUCUGGGUCUGCUCCAGCUUUGUCAAUGUCAACUGUCAGAAGUGAAUCUUUUGCCAAGAGUCAUGAGCAUCACCAAGUUCAACAUGAAAAACCUGAUAGACAAGUCAAGAAACUUAGCCCUGGAAAGUGGAAUAAAUCACAAAGUCUAUCUCCUGGGUCGGCAUUGUCUCUUCGUCGCUCUCCUCGUUUUAAGGUCAAGAAAUGAAGAUGGAGGACAGACUGUUUGUCAUUUUAACUUGAGUACUAACCUCGUCAAAUAAUCAUACUUCACACCUUGAGUGCUGUCACAAAUAACCUAAACUGACAGAAAGAAAGAGCUUCAUGGAUUAAGUUCUGCAAAUUAACAUGACAGCAUCACCUUUGUUGCUUUUGGUUUGCUCACGUAGUUUUUUCUGAAAUGAUAAGCUGAUGUGAUGGAAUGUAGGGCAUGUAAUUUCCAAAUUCUGUAGUACUGGAUGUGUGUAUAUCACUUUAUUUUGUGUGCUGAUAUGUUAUAAUUUCGGUA